AUGGCCCAGUUCUAUUACAAGAGAAGCAUCAAUGCCCCUUCCAGAGACCGCAUCCCUCUCCGCAUUGUCCGAGCCGAGUCUGAACUCUCACCUGCUGAGAAAGCUUAUUUGAAUGCUGUGGAGAAAGGCGAUUAUGCCAGUGUGAAGCAAGCGCUGGAGGAAGCUGAAAUUUACUUUAAAAUCAAUAUUAAUUGCAUUGAUCCCCUCGGAAGGACGGCUCUCCUGAUUGCCAUUGAGAACGAGAACCUGGAGCUGAUAGAGCUCCUCUUGAACUUCAACGUGUACCUGGGCGAUGCUCUGCUUCAUGCCAUCAGGAAGGAGGUGGUGGGGGCUGUCGAAUUGCUCCUCAACCACAAGAAACCCAGUGGGGAGAAACAGGUGCCACCCAUACUUCUGGAUAAACAGUUCUCGGAAUUUACCCCAGACAUUACGCCCAUUAUCCUGGCUGCCCACACCAACAAUUAUGAAAUUAUAAAACUUUUAGUCCAGAAAGGUGUUUCUGUGCCCAGGCCGCAUGAAGUCCGCUGUAACUGUGUGGAGUGCGUCUCCAGCACAGACGUGGACAGCCUUCGCCAUUCCCGAUCCCGGCUAAACAUCUAUCAAGCUCUCGCAAGCCCUUCUUUGAUUGCCCUGUCCAGCGAGGAUCCAUUUCUUACAGCUUUUCAAUUAAGUUGGGAACUUCAGGAACUGAGCAAAGUGGAAAAUGAGUUUAAAUCGGAAUAUGAAGAACUGUCCCAGCAGUGCAAGCAGUUUGCAAAAGACCUUUUGGAUCAGACAAGGAGUUCCAGGGAGCUGGAAAUUAUUCUUAACUACAGAGACGAUAACAGUAUAAUAGAAGAGCAGAGUGGGAAUGACCUGGCGAGACUGAAACUGGCCAUUAAGUACCGUCAGAAAGAGUUUGUUGCCCAGCCAAACUGCCAGCAGCUCCUUGCCUCUCGCUGGUAUGAUGAGUUCCCUGGCUGGAGGAGGCGCCAUUGGGCUGUGAAGAUGUUGACUUGCGUCAUCAUUGGGUUCCUCUUCCCCGUCUUCUCCGUCUGCUACUUGAUAGCUCCCAAGAGCCCCCUGGGGCUGUUCAUCAGGAAGCCUUUCAUCAAAUUCAUCUGCCACACAGCAUCCUACUUGACUUUCUUGUUCCUUUUGCUGCUCGCCUCUCAGCACAUUGACAGAUCAGACCUGAACAUGCAGGGGCCUCCACCAACCAUUGUCGAGUGGAUGAUAUUACCGUGGGUCCUGGGCUUUAUAUGGGGUGAAAUUAAACAAAUGUGGGAUGGCGGACUGCAGGAUUAUAUUCAUGACUGGUGGAACCUGAUGGAUUUUGUCAUGAACUCCUUAUACCUGGCAACCAUUUCUUUGAAAAUUGUUGCCUUUUCAAAGUACAGUGGGCUCGUGCCAAGAGACAGCUGGGACAUGUGGCACCCCACGCUGGUGGCUGAGGCCCUCUUUGCCAUUGCUAACAUCUUCAGCUCUUUGCGCCUGAUCUCCUUGUUCACUGCCAAUUCUCAUCUGGGACCAUUGCAGAUCUCGCUGGGAAGAAUGUUACUGGACAUUUUAAAGUUUCUGUUCAUCUACUGUCUUGUGUUGCUGGCUUUUGCAAAUGGGCUGAACCAGCUGUAUUUCUACUAUGAAACAAACGAAGCCAAUAAUUGCAAAGGGAUACGGUGUGAAAAACAAAACAAUGCUUUUUCAACGUUAUUUGAAACUCUCCAGUCACUCUUCUGGUCCGUCUUUGGACUCAUCAACCUGUAUGUGACCAAUGUGAAAGCCAGGCAUGAGUUCACAGAGUUUGUCGGGGCCACCAUGUUCGGCACGUACAAUGUCAUCUCACUGGUCGUCUUGCUCAACAUGCUGAUCGCCAUGAUGAACAACUCAUACCAACUCAUUGCAGAUCAUGCGGACAUCGAAUGGAAAUUUGCUCGGACAAAAUUGUGGAUGAGUUACUUUGAAGAAGGAGGGACGCUUCCUACCCCUUUCAAUGUGAUCCCAAGUCCAAAAUCUCUCUGGUACCUGAUCCGAUGGCUGUGGAGACGACUGUGUGGGAAAAAGAUCCGAAAGAAACCAGAGAGUUUUGGAACGAUCGGGGUAAGCACCACCCAUUUCCUCCCCAGACGUGCAGCUGAUAAUUUGCGGAGACAUCAUCAAUAUCAGGAGGUUAUGAAAAACCUUGUUAAGAGAUAUGUGGCGGCGAUGAUCAGAGAUGCUAAAACGGAAGAGGGGCUAACAGAAGAGAACUUUAAGGAGUUAAAGCAAGACAUCUCCAGUUUUCGCUUCGAGGUCCUCGGUUUACUAAAGGGAAACAAACUGCCCAAUUUGCAGGGCUCAAAACCUGGCAAAGAUGACUCCUCUUUACCAGAGGCUGAGGAAGGAGAAAAGGCCGAAGGAUGUGAGAAAGUUAAGCGGAGAAGCCUGAGCCUUUUUGAUAUCACCACCAUGAUUCGCCCAAAGGCUACUGCAAGGGCUGCUGAAGCACACAUCCUGAGCAACGGGUCGGUGCUGAUGGCAUCCGGGUCAACCAAGGAAAAGCAAAAGAAGGUGAACUUCAUGGCUGAUGUAAAGAAGUUCGGGUUCUUCCACAAACAGUCAAAAAACAUGGCUGCCGAGCAAAGUGCCAAUCAAAUCUACUCCAUUUCUGAGGAAGUCUCCCGUCGACAAAUGGAAGAGCAACAGGAGGAAGCCACGGAGCUGAUGGAGGAGGAACUGGUUGUAAACUGUGAAUUAAACAUCCACAGCCCCAGUGACAAGUGCACAGUUAUCAGUGAUAAGCAAGCUAAAAAUGAGACUUUGGAUUUGAAGCUGGAUGAGGUCAUUUCCUCUGCUGACGUGAAGAAGAGCAUGAGACUGGACUCUGAACCGCUCACACCAAAGGAUUUGCUGGACAAGGAGCCGGAUUUUGGUAGGGACUCUGCUGGGAAACAAGAGACAAUUGUGCAGGACAAUUACUUCACAACAAGGUUGUGAUGGGUGCAGGCAGAUAAGCUGAUAAAAGAACACACGUAGCAAGAGAUGGCAGUGUGCUUUGUAUGGUGAUGCUUAAAACAUUAACAGAGAAGUUGCAGGAAGAGCAUAUAUUAUUAUUCCACAAAGGAAAGGCAAGA